CAUGACUACCAUGCUUGCAGCGUAUUAUCAAUGUUUUGAAACCAAUUUGUAACGAUUAAUGAUGUGGCCACUCCGCUAAUCCGUGUACGAGCAGAUCAUGGCUUCCACUGAAAAGCUUAGGGUGGGCAAGCGGGAGUCGCGGGACGAUCAAACAUCUCCUAAUGGCAAAGAUGAUCUAGCAGUAAAGUACCCUCCUGCCGAUACUCGCAUCACUGCCGAGCGCUUCAUUACAGGAGAUGAAGCCUGGAUAGCAACCAUGGUUCAAUCUCCUCAACCUAUACUUCGCCAAAAGGUCGAAGUUGGCGAUUCUAACAAAGUUCACAAUGAAGAUCAGGGCCUGCCUGCGAGAACAGGAACUGCCAUGCCCAUAAAUAAUAGCAGUAAGGAAAACACUCGCACUAUGUCCAAUCAUAGCCCCGCCAACUUCUCUUAUGUGGCUCGCACACUCACGGAAACGGGUAUUGCACCCAAGCCAUCACGCAACCAGUUGUACGAAAGUCGUUGGGCUUCGGUCUCGUCCCGCAAGGUCGCUGUUGCUAAACCUAAGCAACUUUCACGUUUGUCCUCUAUGCAGCCAGAGGCACAUACUUUUGUACAAAGUCAAGCUUCCCGUAGCCUCACUAUACCUCCUCAUAUUCGACAAGGACCCUCCUUGAAGCCAACUAUUGCUACAGAGUCCAAGGAAAAGAAGGACGAGGUCAUGAAGAAUCUUGCUCAUGAUACCUUCCUUCCCCCGGCCCAACUGCUCAGCGAUACCGAAGUAUUUCCACACAACGACGGGCACGGUCUUUGUAGUUCGGGCGUCAAAGACACAAAUACCAAGCUUUCACCUCACUUGAGAAGCUUCCACACUAAGCCUCAUGCUCAAAAUUACGCCAACGAAGUGAAUGAAAAGCCCAGCAACACAGAGGAUGACUUCGUAAAGAUCAAGGAUGAAACAGUCAAUAUAAAGAUGGAGACCAACCUCAAAAACGAUAUUCCGAAGCUUCCGCCUCACUUAAGAACUUUUCACGCAAAACAUCACGUUCAAACUCAGUCCAACGAAGCAACAGAUGAGAUUAACCACCCAGAAAAUGAGUCCGUCCACACGGUGGAUAAGUCCACCGCCGCAAAGGAUGAGUCCACCAAUACAAGGGACGGAUCCAACGUUGAAGACGGGAUUGCAAAACUUCAGCCUUGUCUCUGCAAGUUUUAUCUCAAACACCAAUCCCAAUUUCAGCUUAGCAGUAAAAAGGGUGAACCCGAAAGCAUAACGGGCAUUAGCAGCACAAAACUCGACUCUAUCAACAUAAAAGAUGAUUCCGUUGAAUCAGUAGACCAAUCGACUCAUACCACAGAUUCUCAGCAAUUAGCCGAACACAAACCUUCUAAAAAGGAAGCUGAUGUCGCCAAGCUUCCGCCCCAUCUGCAAAAGUUUUACGCCAAAUAUGCUCCUAGCUAUGGCAAAAUUCUUGGGAAAGGUACCAGGAGUUCUUCGGUUCAUUCAAAUAAUACAGAAAGCCUCGAUAUAGCCAAGUCUGAUAGCAAGUGGAAGGCUACAAAACCACUUGGCAUUCACCCUGCAAGCACAUAUGCCGCACCCCAGAUUGAACAAGACCAGGAAAUUACAGCAGAAGUCCUGAAAGUAACGUUAGAUAAGAAAAGAGAAAUUCUCUUGGCAAAGCACACUAAUGUCAGUAAUAAAGAAACGCGGGAGACAAACGUAUCAUUGGCUGGAGUCAGCCUGGCCCUCGGUAGUGUCGAUGUUUUAAGCACCUAUGAGAAGGACAUCCGCGGCGACGAGCCCCAAGAAACUUGGGACGACCAGGACUGGGAUUCUCCCCGUAGAGCUCAACCUAAGCACAAGGACUGGGAGAGCGAGACUCAAGCCAGCGAAAACAGUGGUACAAGCAGUAAAUCAACAUAUAGCAAGCCAACCUCUGCCUUGCACCGCUACAUCGAAUUUUGGCUUAAACGAGUUUCUAAGAUACGCUGCGGGUUGAUUGAUCCCUCGCUAAAGAUCCUCUACGAGGACCAUGGUAUUGAUCCAAUAAAUGGUCAACUGAUGGACAUUAUCGAGGCGCCUGAAAUUUUGAAAAACGAAGCGGAUGAAAAGGACUCUCGUCUUGUCGCAAAGAGAGAGAAGCAGACCGCUAUAUUCUCUCUUCAGCGUUAUAUGAAGAUGAUACAAAUUGAUCAGGAGGUGGAGGUAAAGCGCGAGAAGGAACUAGAGUACGCGAGACAGGUUCGUGAGAUGGCUAAAGCAAAGGCUGAGAAGGGCAAUCCCUUCCUAUGCAGAACCCCAGCUCAUUUCCGUCCGGCCAUCGACGGUGAUAUGGAAGAAGUUACUGUGAUCUACAAUGGCGAAGUCGCUGAAGGCCACCGUGCGCUUGAUCAUGAUACGAUCAGCGUGCAAGCAUUCCAGGCUUACCUUCAACAUUGUCGCAAAGAGAAAAUUCCUUUCAUCGUGGCGAUGAGCGAGUAUCGCAACCCCAAUAUUCCUGUCGAGCAAGUCGAUCACCGAGUCAUAGGCUUUGCCUUCUUGGAUGUCGCUAGCCGAGGCAUCUUUGGCUCAACCAGAAGCAACGGCAAGCACUCAGCUCGAAUGUACGUCAUGGUUGCCAAACAUCAUCGCAGUAAUCGAGUCGGUACUGCACUCAUUGACCGAAUGCUCGUCAUGACUUCACGCGGAUAUAUAAAGAAAGAAAAUUCGUACCAGUGGAUCAACCCCAAGAAUGACCCUGCGUACUUCUCUGAGCUUCGAAAUCCCCGCGAGUGGCGAGUCAUAUUGAUGGAAAUCUACAUCAAAAACCUUGGCAAUGUCCGAAACACACAUCGUGAUAACGAGUACAAGUUUGUAUUGAAGUGGCUGACGCUUGACUUUCUAUUUCAUAUGGUUAGUUACACAAGCAAUUUCGGUAAGGACGAUCGCCAUCUAGACUUCGUAGACCGAGCUCUAUUUGAGCAUCGGUGCAAUGACAGUGAUGGACUUAUUGGUCUGCAGGAUUGAAUUGAUCACCAUAUGGCAUUUGGCAUUGGCUGAGCGCCUUGUAAGGCAAAGAGGUUCCUGAAGCGCUUAAGAAGUAUCACGUGUAUUCUAAUGAAUCCAAACGAUUUAGUCGCGCCGAAACAGGGUUAUGUCUGUGCAGGUUUUGUCUGGGGGAGCUAAUCACUCAAAAUGGAUCACAAGAGACAGGCC